UGACUGUUGAGUAAUCUACACGAAAGCGAUGGGUUCUCAAAUAACAAUCAUUUUUUUCCUCACAAUAAUAAUUUCAAUAUUGUUGAGCUCAACGAAGGCCUCAUUAUGCCAACAAACUGUUGAAUAUAUCGAUGGAAAAUUACGUAACAGUAAAGUAGAGAUUGCGAAAACUUUUAUGCACGAUCCUGACUCAGUUACAACCGUGAAGUAUCGCAUAGAAUGGAAGAGUCUGUGGACUCAAGAUUUGGACUCCCAGGCUCUGACCAUCAGUCUCUCAGGCGAAAUGUUUGUUUUGACGGAGAGUGACCAAGUGUUGCCGAUCGGGAUCGACUUGAAUCGCCCUGAACUACUCCCCAAGACGAACCGCCUUCACGAGGUCUCGACCCUGCGCUCGGGAGCCCCAAUGAAAUUUCUAAAAAGCAUCAUCUGGAGGGGAACGACUUACCUCCUAAUCUGUUAUGACUCAGACUUCUGCAACAUAUACACAAGCACAUAUACCCAAGAAACCCCAGAAUUUCACCAUCAGCAGAGGACACGACACGAGAUUGGCAGACCCACAGACGCCAAUUUCUUCAUCGACAACAAUCAAUUGUACCUGGUGAUUGCAACUAAUCUCAAGGCCUACCCAUCCUCUUCAGUGAUCUACCGUUGGACAGGAACAUACAUGGACGUAAUCGCCAGAGUUUCCCUGAAGUCUGUCAUUUCUGUCGUCACUUUUAGCCACAAAAAUUCAAGAGUCCUCAUCUUCAGCCAAAGCGAUGAGCAAUCGUACAUGGGAUCUCAAAUUUACAAAUUAAUCAUCGACGAAGCGAGUGGCCAGGGAGUCCUGGAGGUCACCCAGUUUCUCCCGACAAAUCGACCGGUCGCAAUGCGUCUCUACCCCAAUAACGGUUGCACCUUCCUUCUGGUGGUGAACGAGGUCGGACCAAGUCAGGUCUUCUGGUGGGACGGUACAGAGUUCCUCCCUUGGAUGCAAGUGGAGAACCUCCACGGUAACAGUCUUCUGAAUUCUGUCCAAAUGGGCAACAACACCUUCUUCUUCAUUGCUCAGGGGAAUUUCCUGAGUUUAUACAAAGCCACGAGCAUGCAGUAUGAGCUGUUAGACGUACGCCAGUUUCCCGAUGUCAUUAGGAUCAUUGAUAUAGGCGUGUGGACUGAUGGAAACGUUAUUUCGGUCAUUCUAAUAUCUGACAUAGGUUCCAAUCGCUACAGAGUUGAGCCACUGCAGUACUUGGUGAAUGAAAUGAAAAAGGGAGAGGCCCAUACGAAGAUCAUUGAGGACAAAUCUGACGCCACUGAGACUUGUUUGAAUAGACUGGGGGAAAAAUUGCAGAAGAGGAUGGAGGAUGUUGAGGACAGCAGAGCCAUGUGGGAGCACCUGCAUUCAGCUUCGAAAAAUCUUGUAAUCGAUACACUUGAAGCAGACGUCAUCCUCAGAUCAUUCCAAGGAUCUACAGUCAUCGAAAAUAUCGGAAUCAUCAGUAACACGAGCGAAGAGAUCAUCCCACCUAAAAAAUUAGCGAUUUUGAUGGAGGAUUUAGGAUCUGAAAUCGUAAAAUCGUUGAAUAAGUCACAGCAUUUGCUCAGAAUUGAUGAAAGCACGAAGACAUUAGUUCUUCCAUCGUUACAUAUCACCAAUGAGGCAAGUUUCGGCGAUUUAGACGCACCUGCACUGCAGACUAAUCUGAUAAACGAUGAGGGUCCUAAUGAGCAUUUCCAUAAUGAGAGAGACCAACUGUUCAACGAAACCUUGCGAGGGAGUAAUUUAACGAUCCAUAAUCUAGAAGUGGAAUCCUUGUGUGGAAUUCCUAGAAAUUUCUGGCUCCUGAAGAACGAAUUCAAGAUGACGCCAUUGAAGCCCCUUUUCGGAUCGGCGGGCUCGCAGAUUCAAGUCGAUAUUAAAAACGAUACGGUCUUCAUGAAUUCUAACAUUUUCCUGCCGAAUUUUUACACUAGCGUCUUGAAUUCCGUGAAUCUAUCAGACUUCCUGGAUAAUUGUUUUAGGCCUGGGAAAAAUCAAGUCAUCAAUUCUGACGUAGUUUUUGAGCAUUUGAUUGUUGAUAAUUUGAGCCUUCAGAAAUUGAGGGGAAUUCCAGCAGAAAAUUUAUUGACAACCACGACAGAUCAAGACGUGGAAGACUCAGUGUACAUUGAUUCCCUGGACGUCCAGCAUAUUUAUGUCAAUAAAAUCAACGGGAUUAGUCCCACAGAGGCGGCCAGAGUCUCGGAAGAAAAUAUUAUUAAGGGUAAACUCAUCGUAAAUAAUUUGAAGAUCACAGAUGAGUUGAUUGUCGACGAAGAAUGCGAUUUAUUCAAGAAGCCUGAGCACGUCCAGGUGUAUGAGAACGUAACGAUAAUUGGAAGCGUUGGAAUACGACGACUGCAGCUGGUGAAUCGAGCGAAUAUUCAACUUGGGGGUUUGAAGAUUCUCGGAAGUGAUGUGGACAAUCUGAUCGAUACGUGCUGGACGAAGUCUACUAAUCAAACGAUCACUGCUCCAAGGAUCACCUUUGAAAAUGGCUUAACAAUCGAUGAGUUGAACACAGAGUACUUGAAUGGCAUGCGAAAGGGCGAAUAUCUCUACACGACAGUUCAAAGUAUACCAGCGGAGUUUGGUGGCCUUCAUUUCGAAGAUUUCGUUGUAAAUGGCAGUGUUCUCCGUGAUAAUCAGACUGGGGAUUUCGUCGAAAUCACUGAUGACACUUUGGUAUUCAAUGAGAGGAUUUUCUUCGAGGAAUUGGCUGCUUCAAACAUCUUCACAACAGAGUACAACGGAAUUCCCAUUCACGAGAUAAUGAAUGACAGCAGAAACCCUAACGACUCUAUACACGCUUCUCUUCCAGACGACUUCGAAUUUCACAAAGUUGUUGUGAAUGAUGAUCUACGCGUCACUGAUCUUCACUUCGAAGCCCUGAAUGAUCGAGAUGUUUCGACUUUCCUCUUUGUCGAUCAAAAUCAUAAAGUGGAGAAUGUGAAGACAACUAAGUUGAGAGUAGCUGAAUUUCGUUCGGCAUCUCCUAGUGCUAAAGUUGCAAGAGCUGCGGGUGAGUUCAUCCCCCCUACAAAGAUGAAUAUAAUCAUCCAAGGACAACUGAUUGUCGAGGAGAAUUUACGUAUAGAGGAAUCCAUAAACGAUCAGAACGUAGGGGACUAUUUUGAUCAAUUAUCUAAGCUAGAUAUUCAAGUUUAUGAUCCGUAUUUCGUUCUGGACGAAGUUAAUGUCUCGCAAGACGUCGCAAUUCGCCGUCUCCACAGCAUCGACUUUGAUAAAUUCGUGGAGAAUAUUUUUUCAAAGACCAGGGGGCAAACUCUAGUUGGAACCAAGACGUUUCAUCGAGUGAUUGUCAGCAAUAUUGAUGCUAGUGUUAUCAAUGAUAAUAAAAUAGAGGGAAUGUAUUUUGUCAGUGAUCCUUUAGUUUUCGAGGGUAACGUCACCUUUACAGACCUUUCCGCCGAUGUGGCUGCAGAGACUGUCAAUACCAUUGACACCAACUGGAUUCAGAAGGAUCUGUCCUACAUAUUCUCCAGGAACAUCACUCAUAUGACAUUAACUGGAACAAUCACUUGGGAAAACUCAAAAACCCAAAGGAUUCUCUCCGACAUAAUUGAGCAUGCAGUCAGGAUUGAUAACGACGAAAUCAUCGAAACUCCUGUCGAUUUAUCAGCGAUCGAAAACGUGGAGAUAUCAUCGCUCUAUUCGGAUCAGUCUUCUUUCUCGAAGAUUCAGGGGAUCAUCGAGGACGCUCUGCUCGCCAGCAACAAUUCUGCGAUUGGAUUCAGCGGAAUAAAAACAUUCUUGAGUGAUGUAGAAGUGAGGGAACUUGUCGUUGAUAUCCUGGAGAUGGAUCGACUGGAGACGACGACAGUCAGAGAUCUCAAUGCCUCGAUAGUUAGAAAAUUCGAGGACAUCAAAAUGAUCGAUGGGACUUGUACGUUCAGCGAUGAAAUACGAGUAGUUCAUUUGGAGACUCCACAGCUUGGUCCAGGAAUGCCGAACAUUUCAUCUUUCUUCGUCGCAUCCGAAGGCGAAGAUGAUUAUUGUCCGAAUGGAAGCCACUUCAAGGACUUGGUGAUCAAACGAGCUGUGGAAGUCCUCUCUCUGGAUGGAGUUAACAUCGACCUGUUUUUAAAGGAACGAGUAACGCUGGCUGGAAAUCACGUCAUUCCAUCGAACGUCCGCUUCAACGGUCACAUUCACGUCCUGGGAAAUGUCGAAGUUGAGACUGGAGUCAAUGGAAUUGAUCUCAGGGAUAUUAUCCUGAAAGAUUCACCAGAACCACAGAUAAUCGAGGGUACAAAGACCUUUCGGGAGGAUUUAGUAGUCGAGCUGGAUGUGGCAGCUCCAUUAUUCAAUGGAGUGAACAUCUCUGAGGCUUACAAUAACGGGGUCUUAAACGACGAGUCAGCACUCAUCAGGGGAAACAUAAUCAUCGAGGGGAACAUCGAGUUGUUGCAAAAUACUACGGUUUCGGGUGGAAUCAACGGACUGCAGUUGAGCUCGGUCCUUCGGACUUUUGAUGACACUGCAGAUCAGUAUUUGAGGAUGGCUGAGGGGAACAUCACAGCAAUAGACGCUUUAAUUGCAAACUCAAUCAGAAUCGUGACUGCUGGACAUCUUCCACACGUGUUUUAUUAUUUCGAACUUCAGCAGCAGUUUGAAACCUCUCACAUUGGCAGUGUCAACAGGGUCAUCCCAACUGUAAUUGAUAAUACGACGAGGCUCAAUGUUUAUGCAGUGCAAUCAGGGGAGCAUUGCCCAAGAUUACCCGAGGGCUGUCCCUGCAGAACUCAGUAUAUCAUCGAAUUAUCGGAGAAUGGAUUUGUAUCGAGAAAAGAGGAAGAUUCGUGGGUGGUCUUCAACUUUCCGGAGACUAAUAAUCUGUUCACCAUCAGCAUCGUCACCAGCACAAUCUCCAGCUCCUCGGAAUGUAGGUCGACCCAGAAGAGCGAUGAGUUCACUGCGAUUAACUGGAUGGCACGAAAUAAUUCUAGUGUUUAUGGGAAUUUCACGCAUUAUCCUGAGAAAAUUCCUGGCUACCUCAGUGAUGCGCAGGUCUUUGUGCAUGGGGAGGCUGCUUAUAUCGUUCUGGUUAUGUCUUAUGAUGUGGAGAAAAACACACGGGAAGUUGAUUCGCUGAUUUACAAGCUGGACUUGCGGAGAAAUGAGCUGAAUCUGGAGCUGAAGGUUUCUACGGUCGGUGCAACUGCUGUUGAGGUAUUCAAGAUCCCUGAGAGGGGCUCUCACAUUUUAAUCGCUGCUGGCCAGCCGGAAAACCCCUGGGAGACGGCGAAGUCUCUUCUUUACAGGAUCAAGCCGGGGGAGAAUGAGUUUGAGUUGCUCAGAAGUUUCUACUCUGGUGGAACGAGAAGAGUUGAGAGUCUUGCCCAUCGACACCAAGACUUUGUGCUCGUGGAUGACAUCCAGACGAACGCUAUUCAUAUUUACAAUUACAAGGACAGUUUCGAUAAUUUCUAUCUUUAUCAGAGUCUCUAUUUCGAUUGUAGAAUUAGGGAUGUUGAGGUUUAUUAUUCGGGAGAGUUCAGGUGGGGGGAUGCUUAUAUAUUGGUCACGACUGAGGACGGUAGGUUCUUCUUGUAUCAAUAUAUGAUGGUCGGCAAAUUUGAGAAGAGGAUGAGUAAAUGGCUGCAGGGAAUCCUCUCUGUUACUCCCUUUCAUUUGCCCGAGGCGCAGUAUCUCCUGGUGACCACGCGUGAUAAUAGCACUGUUUAUAGGUGUAUUUCACAGGGAUCUCGUUAAUUGCUCGUAUAUUUUGUUUAUUAUAAAGUAGUACGUACGAAAAAAUCUGGCGCUUUCCGCAAGAAAUUCUGUUCAAUUUCUAUCUGGAAUUCUAUUGUGUUUCUAUUAGAAUUCGAUUUGAAACAUCUCUUUGGUUUUUGCGUCAGUUCUCUUGAAGAUUAUACAAAUUUACAUGAGUGAUAUUUUUUCAAGAAAUGUUUGAUAGAAAAAACUCAAUAGGUUUUGAAUUUUCAAAAAUUCCAAAAUUCUUGGGCAUAAUUUUCCCAAGUUUUUUCCCUUGUAUUUUUAUUCUUAUUUCAUUGAAAAAUCCAUAUCCAAGAAUUCUUAGUGGAAAAGUUCCAUUAAAGUGUGUUUUAUAAUUUCUAAUAGAAUUGGCGCAAAAAAAAAGAUUUUAUCAACAGAAUUCGAAACGAAUUAUUCAACAGUACUUCUUGAAGAAAGCGCAAGAUUUUCCACUUAAUUUUUUCAUACCUGAGAAUUCUUGUUGAGAUUUCGGGAAGGAGACAAGUCGAAAAAUUACGUGCUGAUUGAAUUAUAGAAUAUUCAAGAAUGAUCUUGUGAUAAAUGUCGCAAACAAAUUCCGGAGAUAUUCUGAAAAUGACCUACAUGUGAUGUACUUCAUUUCGAAAAAGUUAUUUAUAUUACAAUAGAAUAAGUGUCGUUAAUGAAAAAACGUAUGAAAAAAUUUCAUAGAAAAACUUACCGAAUUUCAUUAGAAAAUUCUAUUGAGAUUCUAUUAAAA